GGUGCGCGGUGCUGCAUGGCGCUGGUGGGGCAGCUGCCCCGCGCGCUGCGCCUGGACGCGGAGCCCGAGGCGAGGAAGCGGCGCCGCGCCAAGCGCGAGCCCCCGCGCGCCCGCCGCCUGCCGCCGCCGCCGCUGCUGCCGGGGGACGGGGACGGGGACGGGGACGAGGAGGACGGCGAUGCGGGGAAGCCCCCGGCCCUGCCCCAGCGCCUGCGCCGGGCCGCCCCGCGCCUGCUGCCCGACGUGCGCACCAUCUUCCAGCAGCCGCGGGACCCGCGCGUCCCGCCCGAGCGCGGCCACGGACACCGCUUCCAGCCCGCCGCGCCCCGCCUCGCAUGGUGCGACCUGUGCGGCGGCGCCGUGCGGCCCCCGGCCCUGCGCUGCGCCAACUGCAAAUACACCUGCCAUCAGGAGUGCAGGAGCCUCAUCCAGCUGGACUGCAACCAGCCCGGAGAGCAACCUCCUAACAAGGCCUCCCCAGAAAAUACCCUGACGCAAGACUACAGCCAGAAUGUAGCAAAACCAGCCGAAGAAGAAAAACACAAGCCUCCCACCGUCCAGGAGCUAAAGCAGAAAAUUGAUGAUUUCAAUGCAAAGGUCACAAACUGCUUGUUGAUGAAGCUGAACGAAGAUGGCACCUACACGGGCUUCAUUAAAGUGCACUUGAAACUGCGCCGGCCUGUGACCGUGCCAGCAGGGAUCAGGCCGCAGUCCAUCUACGACGCCCUCAAGGAGGUGAACAUGGCCGACAUGACGGACAAGAGAACUUCGUUUUAUUUGCCGCUGGAUGCCGUCAAGCAGCUCCACAUCAGCAGCACGACCACAGUCAGCGAGGUCAUCCAGGGGCUCCUGAAGAAGUUCAUGGUGGUCGACAACCCUCAGAAGUUUGCACUUUUCAAGGAGAUGCAGAAAGACGGGCAAGUUCUCUUCCAGAAGCUAUCUCUAACAGAGUACCCCUUGUAUCUCCGCCUGCUGGCUGGCCCCGACACAGAUGUGCUCAGUUUUGUGCUGAAGGAAAACGAAACGGGGGAAGUUGAGUGGGAUGCAUUCUCCAUUCCAGAACUACAGAACUUCUUAAUGAUACUGGACAAAGAGGAAAAGGACAAAAUCCAGCAAGUACAGAGCAAGUAUGGCAAGUUUAAACAGAAACUACAGCAGACCUUGAAAGAAGCAGGAGGAAAGCCCGGAUAACCUGAACAGAAAGCACAUGCAGUACCAGACUAAGCUAGGUAGUAUUUUUUUUACAAAAAAAAAAAAAAAAAAAAAGACACUUCUCAGGACACCUCAAAUUGGUCUCUCUCGCUCUUUCUGUCUCUCCCUCUGAGGACUGGCACGCACCGAACCCAGAGACGAGCGUUGCAUUUCUUUUCCUUCUGAGAUUUUUAUUGCUGGACCUGAGCCAGUCAAAGAAUGGAAAGCCUAUGCUUCAAGUCUGUAGGCCCUCAACAAACCAAAUACAGCUGCUGCUUAGCUUUCAUUCCUUGCAUCGGAUCACCAAUCGGAGAAACUUCACAGUAACUGCCCGACAUUAAAUAAAUACGGACACCUAGUCAUUGCUUUUUCGGGCACUUCCUUCAGCCGUCUCCCAACACCCUGCCUGUUGGUUUUGCUCUGAGGUGCUGCGGAUGCAUUGUGCAUGUGUACGUGUGCAUGUGUUGUGUCGCUCCAUUGACAGGGCACCCCAUGCAGGAAACUGCAGGCAGAGCAAAGAGGGUGGUUGCACCAGACCACGUGGAAGUUGCGGCUGCAGUUGAUGCCAAACAAAUGGUUGCACAGUUUUAAAACCUACUGAAAAGAUCAUCGAAUGCCAAGAAGGCUCCAGCUCUACAGCAGUCUUUGCUAUAGAUGUUGCUGCGACUUAGGGAAUGCUCAUUCUAGGGAAAGACUAAUUAUUUUUUUUAAAUAAGAUUCAGUUGGAGGAGGAGGAAACUAUUUGAUUGGGCAAGUCAGUCUGCAGGAGGGAGCAGGUGUUCUCCAAUGUUUAGCUUGGUCAUUCUCUGCCUUGCCAGUCUCCUGUGCAGCACAAAGGGGGACCAAUAUUUGUACAGAUUUCCAUCUGAAAAGUGUAGGAUCCUGGUGAAGGUGUGGGACACGGUACAAUGGCUCUGUACCGAACCCUCAGCCAUAACUACCAGGUAUGCUUAUAGGCUCAAAGCUCCUCCCUGCUUGUGCCCAGCACAAAGCACGCUCUGACCAGGAGCUGUGCCCAGCUUGGGUGGCAGAGGUGUUGCACAAGUUGGGGAGGGGGGGCAAUUGCAACUUGCUGCGGCCCCUUGCUGUAGUGCACAGAGGGUCUCCUUCCCACUUAGCCUGCCGUCUCCUGCUGCUUGCCUCCCAAUCCCCUCUCUUCUGUCCCCCCUUUACUACCUCUGCUCCCUGCACCCAUCCCUUGCACUUCAGCAUCCUCCCAGCAUCACACCUUCCAGUUAGGCCUCCUGCCAAGCUCUCUGCUUGGAGCUGGGAGAAUAUAGCAGGACCUGCCUCAACGCUCAUCACUGGCAGCCACGUGCGCUUUCCUUCCUGAGAAGUGCUUAGCCUGGUGCCCAUGGCUCUGCUGUAGCGGGAGGCAACACUGCCAUGGCUCGGAGCACUGACCUGCAUGAUGCAGCACAGCUCUAGGCUAAAAACUGAAGUCGGAAGCAUCUUAAAGGGACACCAAUUUCUUUACACUUCUGCCUGGAAAACUAAGUUAAAGUCUGAAUUUUAACAGUUGCAACUCGAAACUGAAAGGUGACUUUUUCUGGCAUUUGCAUGUAGUGUAAAAUCUGAGUGUCAGGUCCGUUUCUUACACUCCCUCCUCUGCUUGUGUUUUUGACAUGGUAAUAAGGAAGAAAAAGAAAGGUGGGGGAAAAAGUGCAAUAGCAAAACCAUGCAAAAUGGCACGGAAAGAGAGAAUCUGAAAGGACUUGGUCUGAUUCGAUUAACUGAAGUGUCCCUUUAAUGUUGUUUGGGAGGAAGGAACAAUUCCAGAUCAGGGGCCCGGCUUGCUGGAUGACGACAGUGAUGGAAGUCUAGUUCAAGAAUCUCAAAUUUACCUCAGUGCCUUUUUUGUUUUAAGCGUGAAAACUUAACCGUUAAAGCUAAUGAGGCCCAUCAGUGGGAAGGGCUUUUCUUAAAGGCCCGGCCAUUUCUCCCCCACCCCACCCCUUUGCUAAAGUACUGUUGGGCUGAGGCUGCUCACGUCUCCCAGGGGGAAGGGAGGAAUCCUUACAUUUUUCCCUCCAGGUGAAUGGGUCCUGGGGGUUGUGUUUUGGGUUUCCAAGACCUGAGAGAGCGACUGCCCCGCUUAGCAAGCUUGCCAAUAGCAGAGAUGCCACAUAGCGCCAGCGUAGGCUCCAGCCAGUUGUAUGGACCAGUUAGACGCCAGGGAACGCAGUGCCAGGAAGGUGAUCCUGGGUGACCUCUGGCAGCCUAAAGGGAGCAUAAAGAAAUCCAAAGCUCUGUGGGUGUGUUUGCCCACUGGUUCCUUGGGCAAAAUGCUUAACUACCUCCCGAGACCACGGUGAGGUAGGGAAGUAGUUAGCACUUGUAGACUUGAAAGCACUGUACAAAUCUCGACGGAGCAGAAGGAAGCACACUGUAAAACACCACUAGUUCUGAGAAGCAAGAUCCAGAUUUUUUUUUUUUUUUUAAAACAGAAGCCCUCGUCAUCUUUCUGGUUAAAAGUUGUAAGAAGUUUUAUGGGUUUUUUACUAGUUUUUCAGUGACUUCCCCCCGUCUGGGACCCCAGCAUGUCUUUGACGUUUUGUAGAAGGCAUGGCUUCUUAUGCAAUUACCGUGAAUGCUGCUGCAACCCUCCUGCAGAAAGGAGGGCUUUUUCUUUUCUUUUCUUGUUUUUCUUAUUUUAAGAUCUGGGGCAUAAGAAGAGCAGGUUAGUCCUGAAAGCAAGCCUUCAUGAUGGCAGCGUAGGCCCCUUCCUUAAGCGCAAAAUACUGCUGGCAGUGCCUUUGGUUAGUAUUGUGUUGCCUAGUACGUGUGUGAAUUUUUUUUUUUCAAACGUCCACUGUAAAACAUGUAAAAUACCAUGUAUAGAUCGGAAUAGCAAAGCUUCUGUGGCAAAGUGAAAUGCAUUUUUGCAAUGCUGUAAUUUAUUUUUAUUACUCCCUGUUAAUUACCUAUGGCAUUUUUUUUAAAAUGCUGCUCACUUUCAGCUUUUUUGAAAGUUCUGAAACCCGUGGUUCACGUACAGACAGUGUAAAAAAGAAAGUCAAUAAAAUUCAGUGCAAAAGUUG